AAAUACGUUCUGAACGCACAUUGGUUAGACUGAAGAUAAUUGAAGUUUGACACCCGUCAUAAGUAAUCAAAACAGUUAGGGAGAGAUAGGACAUCAGUUUUUAGCAUUUUUAAGUACAAUUUAAGAUUCUGUUGAAAGAACUCAUACAGGAGAUGGGGAGCACUGACAAAGCAGUGAUAACUGGUUUUAUAUGUCGACUUUGUUCCAAGAUGAAUCGUUUUGUUAUUCAUAUUUAUGGUGAAGAGGGAGAGAGGAUGCGCCUAGCCGAGAAAAUUAAUGCCUAUUUACCAAUAACGAUUAAUGUUAAUGAUCCUUUACCAAAAACAGUGUGCUUGCCAUGCAUUGAUCGUCUGGAAGCGCACCAUGAAUUGAUGGAACAAUUUACAUGGGCAAGGCAACGCUUAGCAGAAGCAAAAGCUGCAGAAAAUUCACAAAAAUCAAUUCAUCCUAGUCAAGCUAGAAGUGGCAGUUGUGCUCUUCCUGGUUGCAGUUCAUCUGCACAAGAGGAGGACUCUCAUGAAAUGGACACUAGAACACAUGAGUAGGGCUGAAGCACAGAAUACAUGCUUCACAGUUAUUAAUGGACCAAAAUGCUCAAAGUAUAUUCCAAGUGUAAGGACAGGCUGAUAUUCUGUUAAAGCAAGCAUAGAAAUGUAUGAGAGUUCAGGGAUUUCAUGAGCAUCCUCUGGGUGACAAACAUGUAUACAAUAUAUGAACUGCGCUUUUUGUAGUAGGUUAUAUAAUUUUUAUUAUUUUUGUUUAAUUUUUACAAUCAUACGGUAAAAUCUAGUUAUCCAGAGCUGAGUGUUUUGUAUUACCCUUCAGGGCGAGCCCCAGGCCGAACAGUGAAUGACUGUAUGUAUGAUAGUGGUGUUUUAUGAAUAUGUGAUAACUGUUUCACUUCAUGUAAAUUAUACUAUAAGAAAGGGAUCCUCUAAGAUGUGCUGAGUGUCACAGCAUGAUUUAAUCACUGAUAAUACUUAUGAAAUGGAUGCACUUUUGCAAAUACAUAUUAUAUUUCCCAAUACAUAUUUUUAAUGUCUUAGUAAUCACCUUUAGGCAUUUGCGUGUAAAUUAGCAAUGAAAUGUAAAAAAAUAUAAAUAAGAAUUAUGCCAG